AUGCUCAUCAGUUUAGUCCUCUUCUUUGGUAUUUUGCAGAUUGGUGUUGCAUCGUCAAUUUCGAAAAGAGACACAUUUGACGCGGCACGCGCCUAUCACUCGUCGUUGAAUGCGCUAUGGUCCACUUUUUGGAAUGACGACAGGGUAGCGUUCAACUUCAAUGAUCCUGCGUGCAGUUCAGACUUUAGGCAUGUAUCUGUCUGGGACAUGGCUGUUGCAGGUAAAGCCAUAGUUGACUCGGGAGAUCUAACUAGAACCCGGCAAGUUCUCAGCGCCUUGCAAAGAUAUCAGAAUCUGGACGGAUGGUUCGCCAGCAACCCCGGCGGAAACGACAUUUAUAUCGACGACAACGCCCAAGUGGUGUAUGUCUACUUGGACGCAUAUGCAUUGACCUUCAACUCCGAUUAUCUCACCACCGCUACAAACUUGAUGCGGUUGAUCCAAACACAAUGGUCCUCGGCUGGGGGUGUCGUGUGGAAAAAGGAUGCUCCUUAUGUAGCCUCGAUAUCCACCACCGAAGCAGCCCUCGCUGCAGCUAGACUUUACGAAUACAACUUUGAUUCCACCUUGCUAGAAUUUUCCAAAAGCUGUCUCUCGUGGAUGGAGCAGCAUUUGACUGAUCCGCUGGAUGGGUUCUAUUACGACGGUCUUGACAGGGAUACGCGGCAGGUGAACAGGGGGAAAUUGACGUAUACAAUCGGAGUGGCCAUUUCCACUUAUGCAUAUCUUUUCAAGUUCACAGGAGAUCAAGCAUAUGUGAAUCACGCCACCGACAAGGCAUCUGCCACAUUGACCAAACCUGUUUUCUUGAGCUCCAACGGGGCUUGGAACAAUAUCCUUCCCUAUGUGCAUUUACUAUUCGCGGGAUUCGCCGACUUGAUCACAAUUGCACGAAUCCACGGCUAUAACCCAGCUUUGAAUAAGCAAGCCAGUUUCAUUUAUAAAUACGAUCAGUACGACAACAGUGGACACUACUCGUGGUACACUAGUGUGAGGACCUUGUACGACAAUUAUGUCAAACUGACUGGUGAUUCAAGCAUCGCAUUCUCCCUAGAUUCAUCUUGUUACUGCAGCGGCAAUGCCAGCCAGCCUAGAAGGACAGUUUUAGUUGAUGGAUCCGCAGCUCAGAUUUUCCACUCCAUGACCAGAAUACUGGCAUUUGAUUAG